GUUUGUUAUUUACAUUUGCUGUUUGCAAUAUUUUGUUAUGAUUUUGGAAAAACUUUCGUUUGACCAGCGUAUGCAAACGCAAAAUCUUGUGCAUAUGCUGCAAAAUAGAGAAUCGGGCUUUGCUCGAAAUAAAUUCAGUCAAACGCCUCAACUAUCAUAUGAGCGCCAAUUCUACAAAGCAAUCACCCCUUGCCUGACGGUUGGAAUCUUAAUACCACCUGUUUACCUGCGCAAAUUCACGCCGGACGGCAGCAAGCUAUUGGCUUUCUCCCACGACCAGCGUUCAUUUAUUGUGUACUCAUACAAGGGCUUAGGCACAUCUGGCGUUAGCCAGCUAUUAAGCGAGGCUGGCGUAGGCAGCGCCGAGACGUACAUUGAUAGAAUAUAUGGCAACCAUCUGAGAAAUACAAUAUUUGAGCAGCUCUUUAAGCCCAAAUACGUGUUGCGUCUUUGCCAAGGCGACUCGGCACGUUUCUAUCUGCACCGGGAGUUCAGCGUCUUCCUAGAGGAUAGUCGCUAUGUGCUGCUUGCCGGAAUGUGCAUACUACAGGGGUGCAACCUGGCUGUCUCUGACUACGAACGAUAUCCGGAUGUUUUUGAUAAGGUCGAUCCCUUCUCGUACAUAUUCUACGUUGUGGACUUGCAACAAGGCGUUGUUACUGAUGAAGUGCGCCUCCCUCAGGAUGCCAUCUCCUUGUCACACAAUCACGGCAUCUCAGUGCAUGGCCACACCAUAGCAAUAUUGUCACGGCUGCGCCAAAGUAUUUAUAUAUAUGAGCUGGUCAACGGUCGGCUGAUAAAACAGGAGCACGAAAUCGGUCCACGACCACUCCACUGUGCAUUCCAGGACGUUUCAUCCAUGUUUAUGGUCAUGUUGGAUGUGAACACCUUGUUGCCCAUUACGCACAUUAAACAACGAGUGUUGAGUUUUCUGUACCGCCAGAUACAGCCGGAUAGCCCACAAGCGAGCCAAAAAUAUCAGGAUUUCUACAAGAAUUUUGAUUUUAUAGAGAACAUGAUAAUUGAAAAAAUGCAGCUAAUCGACAGCGAUUUCCUAUUAUUGCGCUACGAGGAACGGCCAAAGGACAGCGAUGUGACACCCAUUUUGGUGACGGGCGAGCCUCAGCCACCGCGACGACUCUAUGUCUUCUAUGCCAUGAGCAGCGAGGAUGUGCUUGGCGUCUACCAUGACGAUUCUGUGGACCUUCUGCAAAUAGUGGUGCAAUUUUAUGAUAAAUUAUGCAAUGUGCGCUCGCUACAAACGGGCGAUGCGCCUUCCUCGCCCUCCUCGCACUAUUUUAUGCAACAGAAUUGCAUAAAUCCCAACAAGUCGGCGCCGUUUAUGCGUCAAGCAGCGCUGCGCUACAAUCCCAGCGUGCCGGUCAGCACGCAGAGCUUUUCAACAUCUCCAUAUCUUAACUACAAUGUGUUUAGUUAUGAUGACAAGCUCAUCUCUCCACUGGAACGUCCGAAGGCGUGCUCCGUGGAGCCCAUUGUAUUCCGCGAUCGUGCCACCAAUUUAAUCAAGUUUCGCUUCCACACCAAGGCGCACAGGCCGCCCAGUCAAUUCACUCCGCGCGAGCUAUGUGCCUUCAUUUGCCAUCCAUUCGAGCCGCUUGUGCUCAGCAUACAGAAAUGCAUGCACGUCUACUCCUACAAGCUACACAUUUACAAUCAUGGGACAGUUGUGGAGCAGUUUUUCAACUGAAUGUUAUUUGAAUAUAAUGUUAUAUAGUUUUAUGAAAGGAAAUGUGCACGUUAAAUAUUUUUUUACAAAUCAGUUUUGUGUUCUGUUCAAAACAGAAAUUAUUAAAAAUAACUGCUAUUU